AUGAGUUUGGCGGAGACUGGCUGUUUAAUCGCUCUUCUCUUCGCUUUUUACAUUACUGUUAUUCAUCCGUUUAUCGUCGGGACAUGCAUUGUUGGCAUCGUUUUGUAUUUUCGCUAUUUUGUUGCGAAAAGCGGCCAGAAGACACCAGAAGACACGACGCGAAGUAUUGGUGUUCCACUGCACAGAAAGGAAACUUUCUACUCUGGGGCGUCUUCUGAAGGUUUACAAAUUUGUUCAGAGGAUGAACAAAGCCCUCGAGUUAUUGGAGAAAAGGAGAAGAAAAAAUCCCAGCAAGAGAUUCUCAGAGAAAUCCAGGAAUACGAAGAAAGGAGAAAGUACUCGAAAUUAUUGCUCACCUAUCAAGUUCCAAAUAUGACUGCCUAUUACGAGAGUCUCAUGCAGAUUAUGCAGAACUGA